UUUCUUAAAGAUAUCCAUAAAUCUUGAUAUCAUAAGUAAUAACAAAUAGUUGCUCACAAGCACUGAAGCGUAACGCACGAACCAAAAGAGUAGCUAUAACAAAAAAAAAAAAAUAUAUAUUUUGUGAAGCAAUUCACUGGCAGACAUUAAGAGUUUUGUAAUCAAAAGUAGUGUAAUGUUUGAUAUAAACCAUAAAAGGUGGAUUUCUGUAUUCAUUUGGCAAGUGUCAUAUGUCAUCCUGAAGCAUUCUCAUUAUGCUGCCGCUGAGUGCAACGUAUGCCAAUCAAAUCAGGCGGCCUGUAUUAACACAACAUCCUAUUAUUUGUGUUUUGGUGGUGAUACGCCCGUCAUGGACGAGCUGUACCAUUGCCAGAAUGGUUUCGAUUGCACCGAUUUAAAUGCGAUAUGUGUUCAGAGCUCCUCCCAACGUCGACCCAGUUGUGGUGACACAUCAUUGUGUGGCCUGUGUAGUGCCCACCGCAAUCAUGUGUUUGCCUGUAUGAGUCGGACAACAUUUCGAAUGUGUUAUGGCGCUCUACGACCUAUAGGACCAACUGGAUAUUGCCCUGAGGGUUAUGUUUGUGAUGCAAAAAGCAAUACUGUUUGCGUACCCCAAAAUUUGGCGAACGAAGUCACCUGCGACAUGGUGGCAGAAGAGGAAGGAAACGGAAAUGGUGGUGGUCAAACGCCAACAACUACUACUACAACAACAACAACACCUCCCAGCACAGGUGAAGGUGGCGAGAAUGAAACAACUUCAACGCCAAAGCCAAAUGAGAAUCUAACCGCCCAGCAAGUUUGUGAACAAAUCAACCAAAUCGGGUUGUAUGAAACUUCACCGACGGAUCCCUAUUGCAAGAGAUAUGUGCAUUGCUAUAAGGCAAAUGGUUCUAUUAAAGGAAUGGAAUACUUAUGCUCAUCGGGUGCAUACUAUCAUAUCCAGCAGAAAAAAUGUGUAUUUAAUAAACCCUCGUAUUGUUUGUAACAUUUGAAAUGGUAUAUAUGUAUGU